CUUACAAGAACCAUGGACUUAUGCAUUACCAGGCAGGAUGUUUCUUACAAAUGACACCCAAUUCCAUCCCUCAUCCUUCCUACUGCUGGGAAUCCCAGGACUAGAAACUUUCCAUAUCUGGAUUGGCUUUCCUUUUUUUGCUGUAUACCUGACUGCACUCUUAGGGAACUUCACAAUUCUGUUUGUGAUCCAGGCUGAGAACAGCCUCCAUCGGCCCAUGUUCUACUUCCUAGCCAUGUUGGCCACCAUUGAUUUGGGUCUCUCCACAGCUACCAUCCCUACGAUGCUCAGUAUCUUCUGGUUCAACCUUAGAGAGAUCAUCUUCAAUGCCUGCCUCACCCAGAUGUUUUUCAUCCACAACUUCACUGGCAUGGAGUCAGCAGUUCUCUUGGCAAUGGCUUAUGACGGCUACGUGGCCAUCUGCAACCCACUCCGAUAUAGCAUCAUCCUCACUAACAAGGUCGUUUCUGUGAUUGGUCUUGGUGUACUAGUGAGAUCAUUUCUUUCUGUUAUUCCAUUUGUAUUUCUCAUAUUGCGACUACCCUUCUGUGGGAAUCACGUCAUUCCCCACACCUAUUGUGAACACAUGGGUCUUGCUCGUUUGUCUUGUGCCAGUAUCAAGGUCAAUAUUAUCUAUGGCCUGGGUGCUAUUUCCAUCUUGGUGUUUGACAUCAUAGCCAUUGCUAUUUCUUAUGUCCAGAUACUCCGUACUGUUUUCUGUCUUCCUUCCCGUGAAGCCCGGCUCAAGUCCCUCAGCACAUGUGGUUCACAUGUAUGUGUAAUUCUUGCUUUCUAUACCCCAGCCCUCUUUUCCUUUAUGACACAUCGCUUUGGCCAGGAGGUCCCCCGCUAUAUCCACAUACUUCUGGCCAAUCUCUAUGUCAUAGUGCCACCGAUGCUCAACCCUGUUAUCUAUGGAGUCAGAACCAAGCAGAUCUAUGACCAUGUGAAGAUAAUAUUAUUACAGAAAUAAAGAGGGAAAGAGAAAUAAAACCAAAUACAUAUGAGAUGGACCUUUUGGGAAGAGAAAUGCCUUGUCAUAGUAACUAGGUUUAAUUGUACUUAACAGAAAGGCUUGUUUAUAUUGGCUCCCUUCUGUAAAUAUUUAAUGGGUAUAGGGUCUGUAUGAGUUGGAAUCC